AUGAUGAUGUACAGUAGGUUUUUGAAGUGUGUUUCUAGACCAGUUGCCAAUGGGUUAACAGUUCAAUGCAAGACUGUGAGCUUCAGGCCUAAUGUUUUAUUACAACAGAUGGCUAAUGUUAGGAUGAUGUCUAGUGGUGCUGGUGCUGGUAGUAAGAGCUCUGGGGGUAAGAUUAUGGAGGAUGAGGAAGUUGAUACCUGGUUAGCAGCCAUUGAGGAAUUAAAAGAAGAGUUUUCAAAGACAGGAUUUAAACCUGAGACUUCGUUGGCACCACCAGGUCAAGCUAAGCUUGAUAUACCUGAAGAAGUAAUUUCUUCAAGCAAGCAGUUCAUUCCUUCUGAGAGGCAAUUGGAUGAAAGUGAAAGUUUGAAAGGUUUCGAAUUACCACAACGUAAAGAUCCUAUAUUAGAGCACGUUACAAAUAUGAUUAUGAGACAUGGUAAGAAGCCGGCAGCUGAGAGAACGUUGUCUAGAGCUUUGUAUAUUGUGUUUUUGCAAUUGAGAAAGGAUCCUAUUGAAAUAUUGAAAAAGGCUUUGGACGAUUUAGGUCCAUUGAUGAUCGUAAAGACUUUUAAUACUGGUGUCGCAAAGAAAGCGGUUAUUCCAGUUCCAUUAAAUCAAAGACAAAGGACAAGACUAGCCUGGAAAUGGAUAAUUGAAGGUGCUAACAAGAGAUCAUCGAGUGAAUUGUCUGUUAGAUUAGCAGAAGAGCUAAUCUCUGUCCAUAGGGGCAGUUCAUCCAGUUUCAACAAGAGAGAUCAAUUACACAAGACCGCUAUUGCUCAUAGAUCGUACAUCAAAUUAAACUGA